AUGACUCGCCCUCUACUUCAACAAGAGAUACAUCACCCUCAGAAGUACCGGAGAACGACCGCAGAAACACAUCCAUUGUAUCACGGCCCAACGAGUACAGUGUAUGAUGAUACGAGUCCGAAACACAGUGAGCAGAAUAGACCAGGUCAAUGGAACGAAGAGGGAACACGGCAUUUUCUCUUUUCCCAGACAGCGAGACAGAGCAAGUCGGAUCUCAGACAACACCAAAGAUGGUUAUAG